CCUACGCGUACGUAGACCAGACCCUAUCGUCUUCUACAUGUCCUGAUCUGGAUAUCCAUUCAUCUUGAUAGACAUUUGUUCUGAUUGACCUUGUUUAGAACCCAGACCGGUCGCAACGGAAUCCGAAAGACUAUUUCAAGGAGAAACAGGCCAGCAGGAUAAAACAGCAAUACAAACAAGAUGAGAGAGUCAAAGGACACGCCGAUAACCGUGGUGUACGCGGCGGCGAUGCCAACAAGAAGGCCCAGCGGACGUACGAGAUCUUUCGCAAGUUAGCGAUGACAAGAGUCGACAAUUUCAUAGCCACCACCGGAAGUUGGCAAGAGAAGAAAGCCGAAUACCAGUCCUUUGGCAUAGACAGUAUCCUCGACUACGAUCGCGAGGCCGGACUGUUCAAGACCGCCGUCGACAAGUCCUGCGAGUUGGCGAGCACACAGAACGCCAUAAGUCGAGCCGACAACCCCCUCUUCUGGAGCCUGCGAAACGCCUUCGUACAGGGAGACAUCAAGGCCCUGUCCAACGAAAUCAAGUACGCCUUCUACAACUUCUUGAUGCGCGCUCGCUUCUCCAAGAACAUCACCGCGACCCACAAGAAUAUUGCCGACUUUCGCUACCCCUACGAGUGGUUCCCAGCAACAAGAGCUCUCCAGCGCACCAUACAUAUGCAUGUUGGCCCUACCAACUCCGGAAAGACAUACAACGCCCUGAAAGCACUGGAAAAUGCAAAGUCGGGCGUAUAUGCCGGCCCUCUGCGCCUGCUUGCCCACGAGGUUUACUCGCGCUUUACCGCCAAGGGCAAAAACUGCGCCUUGAUUACGGGAGAAGAAAUGCGCAUUCCAGACGUCGAUAACUAUUUCCGGAGCUGUACCGUGGAGAUGACUCCCUUAAAUUUUCAAAUGGACGUCGCCGUCAUCGACGAGAUUCAGAUGAUCGGAGAUGAAGAGCGAGGUUGGGCGUGGACUCAAGCCGUUCUUGGUGUUCAGGCCAAAGAGGUCCACCUGUGCGGCGAGGAGCGUGCCGUCGAGCUGAUCCGUGACCUCUGUCGGCUCACGGGCGACAAGGUAGAAAUUCAUCGCUACGAACGACUUAGCCCCUUGGAGGCUAUGGACAAGAGUCUCGGAAGCUUGAAGCAACUUGAAAAGGGAGAUGCUGUCGUGUCAUUCUCGAGAGUCGGCAUUCACGCCCUUAAAACUCAAAUCGAGAAGGCCACUGGAAAGCGCUGUGCCAUCGUUUAUGGUGGCCUCCCUCCCGAGACGCGAGCACAGCAAGCUGCGUUGUUCAAUGAUCCCAACAAUGAUUACGACUUCUUGGCCGCAAGUGAUGCCAUCGGCAUGGGGUUGAACCUCGAAAUCAAGCGCAUUGUAUUCGAGGCGACGCAUAAGCGGAACAAGUUUGGAUAUGCGAAAUUGUCCGUAUCAGAUAUCAAGCAAAUUGGUGGUCGUGCCGGCCGUUACAGGACAGCACAACAGGCAGUCAAUGCGGGCGUUGAGGGUGACAAGAAGAUCGGCGGGCCUCCACCAGCGCCCAAAGGCCAGAUCGGUCUGGUGACUGCAAUGGAGGACGAAGACCUUGAUAAUAUUCAACGGGCCUUCACUAAAGAACCUCAGCAGAUCAAGUCGGCAGGUAUUCAAGUGCCGCCGUCUGUUCUUGAACGAUUUUCCACCUAUUUUCCUCCAAAUACGCCCUUCAGCUACAUUAUCCUGCGAAUCUAUGACAUUGCGAGGAUAACCUCCCGGUUUCAUAUGUGCAAUCUAGGCGAGAUCGUUGAAGUUGCCGACCUGAUCCAGGAAUUCCCAAUGUCUGUCUAUGACCGCUGCGUUUUCCUGAACGCUCCCGUGUUCCUGAGGGAAAGCAAUGGGCCCAGGAUAGUCAAGGCUUUCGCCAAGUGCGUCUCUGAUAUGGGAGGUGGUUACCUUCUGGACAUCCCGGAAAUCGAGCUCGGGCUUCUAGAUACCACCAAGGAUACGUAUGUUCUAGGUGCCAACGAAUAUCUUCGCAAGCUGGAGGCCCUUCACAAAACCAUAACUCUGUACCUGUGGCUUAGCUACCGAUACUCGGGCGUCUUCCGUAGCCAGAGCCUUGCAUUCCACGUCAAGGAAAUGGUCGAGACUAAGAUCAACCAGCAUCUGGGUGAGAUGGCUGUGUCCGAGAAAAGUCGAAGGGCCAUGAACGCCAAAAUCCGAAAGCAGACUCGCGAGCAAGAGCGUAAGAAGAAGACCAUUCUUGGUGAGGACGGCAGAGAAUCCGAUCAGGACUCUGACCGACCCGGACACGAAGGUCCGGGCGAGUGGAACGAAGAGGGACAUGAAGAACCCCUUUUCCAAGAUCCCGCCGAGGUUCAAGUGUCCACCAAAACCAACGAGAAGACGACUGUAUAAAAUCCACUUUAUGUUGCAUGGACGGAGUUCAAGGUUAUGUACCAUAUUUAUUGCGACGUACUGCUUAAGGUAUAGCGAUGUAGAUUAUGUGUAUAGGUAUAUACUGAUAUCUAACACCAUCAACGAUAACUCAAAGAAAUGCCCCUUUUUGCAUCA